AUGACUGCCCCGUUCCACCGCCUGCUGGCAUUUUACUCAAACCGUAAUCAGGACGACACACAGACAAUCCGGCUACAGGACUCACUUCGAGGCAACCUCGCUCUAGGUCUGGACUUUCCGGUCGCGUUGGGAAUAGCAGUGGGAAGGCAUUUGUUUCUGAAGAAUACUGGGCUCUUCUCGCUCAACAUACACGUUCCGAGCGUGUCAUGGAAGGAAACACCGUUGCAUGGAGUAGAGGUGGACGAGAAGAAAGAGUAUACGAUGAGUGAGGUUAUGGGUAUGGCCAGGGAAAAGAAAGGACCCUUCGGUGCUGUGGAUGGGAUGGGAGUAUGGUCGCUGGCUGCUGAUGUGAAGACUGGUCUGGUCAAGGGCGAGGAUAUAGUGGGCUUCCAGGAAGGAAGACUGUUUGAGAGGAUCGAGAAGAGGAGGAAGGAUAGGAAUCAAGUCUUGCCGUUGUGGAGGGGAGGACCAAUCUCUGUGACUGGACAUUCAUGGAUGGUGAAGAAGAUGUUCGGGGUGAACGUAUAUCGGGACGAUGAUAAGGACGACUGA